AUGGUCAUCCCACAGUUCUAUGCAGGCAAGAGUUUGCUUAUAACAGGUUGCACUGGAUUCGUAGGAAAGGUACUGUUGGAGAAGAUCAUUCGUGAUCUGCCAUUGGUCGAGAAGGUGUAUAUUGUCAUUCGUGGCAACGCCAAGGAUCGUUUCGAAGAUGACAUCGUGGCCAGUCGCAUCUGGGACGUGAUGCGCGAGCGAUUGGGCGGCAAUGAGCAGUUCGAGAAGAUGCUGCGCGCCAAGGUCAUCCCAUUGAGUGGUGACCUGUCAAAGGACGACAUGGGCCUCUGUGCCGAGGACCUCAAGGUCAUCUGCGAGGAGGUCAACAUCGUUCUGCAUUGCGCCGCCUCGAUCGACUUCCGCGAGCGUCUGGACAAGGCCAUCGAGUCGAACCUCUACGGCACACUGCACUGCUUCGAGGUGGCCAAGCGUCUGAAACAUCUGGCCGCAUUCGUGCACUGCUCCACCGCCUACGUCAACUCGAACCGCGAGGGCUGGCUCGACGAGGAGCUGCCCGUGCUCGACUUCAACCCCGAGGAGAUGGUCGAGCUCAUCAUGAAACAGGACGUCUCCAACAUCGAGAAGAUCACGCCCAACCUGCUUGGCGCCUAUCCCAACACAUACACCUUCACCAAGGCCAUCACCGAGCGUAUCCUGGCACUCAAGCGUGGCGACAUGCCACUCUGUUUCGUCAGACCCACAAUUGUUGGAGGCUCCCUCAAGGAGCCAGUUCCAGGCUGGGUGGACUCUGUCGCUGCCGUCGGAGCUGUCAUGCUCUACUGUGGUGUUGGACUUGUCCAGUUCAUGAAGGGAGAUGGUCGCAUGGUUGCAGACAUUGUUCCAGUCGACCAUGUCGCCAACGCCAUGCUUGCUGUCGUCCCCAACGUUGCAUACCAGAAUGCACUCAACAUCUAUCAGAUUGGAACAAGUCACAGGAAUCCAGUCGCUUGGAACUCAGCUGCAUACUAUGUAUCAGAGUAUUGGAGGAAUCAUACACCAAAGAAGAGCAUUGCUCGCUCUUCGUUCGGCUUCCACACCAACUUGUUGAUGUACGAAGCUCACUUCUUCAUGAAGUAUGGAAUACCAAGUGUGAUGCUACAGGUUAUGGCGUUCGUCACAGGCAACGAGGAGACCAAGUCCAAGGCAGAGGCAUUCAAGAAGAUGACAAAGGCAGCACGUCUGAUCACUGACACAUUCCAGCAUUUCACCGGUCACGAGUGGGUGUUCUCCGUGUCCACCCUGGAGAAGGUGUUCCAGGAGCACCUGGAUGCCGACGAUCGCAUCCGCUUCACAUGCGACGCAGCGCAGAUCAACUGGCAGUCCUACUUCUGUCACUUCUGUCACGGCCUGCAUAAGUUCGUGCUGAAGGAGGAGGGCAUUCGCCCACCAACCGAGCUGCUCAACACAUCGCUCAUCACCAAGUCUGACAUGCAUCAGACUGGCUUCCUGCAGUGGGUCUUUGCCGACGUCUCGUGGGCUUACACAUCGUACCGCCACGUCACCCAGACACCCCUGCCACCUCGCGCACCAGGCGAGAUCCGCUCGUUAGUGAUGAACUCGCCACGCGUCCAGAUGGCCAUGGAGAAGGUGUCACGCGAAGAGGGUGUGCUCGUCUCUGAGAUUGAGCGUCGCGCCGCCCAGAUCAUGGACAGAAUGCAGUCCAACCUCAACAUCAUGGUAGUUCGCGUGCUUGGAUGGUUCCUCAAGAAGGUCUGGCGUAAGAUCUACCAGGGCAUCCACGUCGAUGAGAAGGGCAUUGAGGCAAUCCGCGCCUCCAUUCAAAAGUCGCCUGUGGUCCUCAUCCCCAACCACCGCUCAUACGUCGACUUCCUCAUCAUCUCGUACAUCUUCUUCGAGUACGACUUGCCUCUGCCACACAUUGCCGCCGGCGAGGACUUCCUGGGCAUCAUCAUCAUCCGCUGGUUCUUCAGGAAUGCCGGCGCCUUCUUCCUCCGUCGCUCUUUCCACGGCGACACCCUGUACUGGGCCAUCUUCUCCGAGUACGUCCAGCGUCUGGUCAUCGACAACCAGCCCGUUGAGUUCUUCAUUGAGGGCAAGCGAUCGAGGACUGGCAAGUACUUGUACCCCAAGCUUGGCAUGUUGUCAAUGGUGGCCAACCCAUUCUUUGAGAACAAGGUUCAAGACGUCCAUGUUGCACCAAUCGGCAUCUCUUACGAGAAGGUGCUCGAGGGUGAGCUGUACUCCAACGAGAUGAUGGGCGAGUCCAAGACCAAGGAGUCGUUCAAUGGCCUGCUGCGUGCCACCAAGGUGCUCAACAUGAACUGGGGCCGCAUCAACGUCGUCUUUGCACCACCCAUCUCUCUCAAGCGUUACACAGAGACCGUCACUCAGGAGAUCACCGAGGCUCGUCGUUUGCAGCCAGUGACUGAAGCUGCAUCGCCAGCCAACCAACAGCAGGUGCCGACGCCAAUUGCUGGAAACAUCAGUGAAGGAGACUUUGAGAACCUGUCGUCCAACACUGGCAACACCCGCCAGCCCGGUCUGGCCUUUGAUGCCUUCACCAACAGUGAGGACCGUCGUCUCCUGAUCCAGCACCUCGGCUACCAGAUCGUCAACGACCUGCAAAAGUCCACGAUCGUCACCACCACCGCCGCCGUUGCCACCAUCCUGCUGUCCUACCGUCGUGGAAUCAACCGUGACGAGCUCAUCACCAAGGUGGAGUGGCUGCGCGAGGAGAUCUUCUCACGUGGCGGCGACGUUGCCUUUGAGGGUCCAUCGGACGCGCUGAUCGACCACUCGCUCAAGCUCAUCAGCAACCUGGUGGCCAAGCGCAGAAACAUGUACGAGCCAGCUGGCAGCCAGCAGACCAACACUCUCAACUACCGCAAGAACAUCCUUGUGCUCAGCUUCUACAGGAACCAGCUGCUCAACCUCUUCCACUGGGAUGGUUUAGUCUCAUGCAUUCUCUUGUCACUCUCCAACAGGAUCAAGCAGCAGCAACAGAACACAAACAACCAGAGCAGCAGCACUCAAUCACAUUCGAUCGAUCAGGAGCAGUUGUUGAAGGACUUGCGAUUCCUCUUCAAGAUCACAUCGAUCGAGUUUGUCAACAGACCAGGUUUGGAUACUGACGCCUUCAUGCUGGCUCAGGUCGAGAAGAUGGUUCAGCGCGGACUCAUCUCGCAAGAGACCACUGGCGGCGUCACUAGAUACGCUGUCAAGAACGACGGCAUCGUCUCGUUCAUGGCCAGCCUGUUCUGGCCAAUUAUCGAGGGCUACAUGGUCGGAUUCAUGGCCCUGUUCUCAAUCCAGCCACAAAUCACCAUCAAGAAGAACGUGCUGUUGCAGCGCAUGGCCUGGUUCGCCGAGAAGAUGUACGAGGAGGGUAACCUGAGCUACUACGAGUCCUGCUCAAUGGAGCUGCUCUCCAACGCUCUGCAGCUCUUCAUCGACAUGCAGGUCGUCCAGAAGAAGAAGACCGUCGAGGUCGUCGGCAAGCGUACCACACGUCAGAACACCAAGAAGGAGCGCAAGCCCAGACGUAGCGAGCGCAACCAGGAGCCAGAGGAAUACAUCCAGCUGCUGCCUCAAUACCAAGAGAAGGACGGACAGCUUCGCAAUCUAGCCGAUCGUCUCUCCAGCUACCGCAGAGUACUACCAACACAACAGAACGUGAGCUAUCUGCAACGUGCUGUCGUUGAGGACUUCCCAAUCCUGUCAAAGCUCUAA